AUGGACGACGAUUCAUCGGCGGAAUCGCGCCAACUAGCCAUCGGUCUCGCCCGUUAUGUGACCGAAAUUGCGGACGAACCUUUGAGCGGAGAGACUGUCGCAGCCAUUGUUUAUAGAUUACGGGUUGUUGAUAAUUGUAAGUCUUUUGAACGUCUAGAAGCUCAUUCAGAAACAAGUUGAGCAUAAUAUCUUGAAAGAAAAAUAAAUUUAAUCAAAUUUGUCCGAGCUUUAAAGAAGACACUUUUUGUAUUGCAAAACACUUAAGCUUCCAGAUUAUUCGUCGGACGUUGACCUAAUCUGCGAUGCGAUGCGAAUCCUCAUCCAGAAGCUCAUCGACUUGCCGCCAGUCACAUUUGCCGCCGAAGUGUGGAUGCCAAUGUUCGCAGCGAUCGCGGAAGGAGGCAUCGAGCCGCCGUGGAGCGACAUGAUGAAUCCGAUCGACGUUUCGCAAUUGGCCGCCCCCUUCCUGCCACACGAUAUUUCGCACAAUCCGACGCCGCCCGCCUCCACCUCCACAAAGUGUUCGGAGCAAAUUGCGAGCACUUGUGAGCAGUACGUUCUGGAAUUGGGACUCACGCGCCGCCUUUUCGCCUCCAUUUGGGAAACGGAUUUGGAGGAGACGACGGAGAAAAUGAAGACGCAAAAGUGGGAUGAGGUAACGAUUGCUACGAGUAGCGAAUCAGCGAACCAGACGAGAUGCAUCCUCGAGAAGAACGUCGUUGAUUUGUUUGUGAAAAUGAAGGACCAUGAACAGUUUGCUCGCGAGCUUCAUUUUGCCGCCUUGGCUAGAAUUCUCAAGUAAGCCUUUCGUCAGAACGGCCCAGAUUCUAAAGUUUCGAAAGUUAUUCCAGAAAGUUCGAAGAAGACGUCGCCCCGCCGCCCGACAACGAGGACAUUUCGUUCUACGAUUGCUCCUUUGAAAUUUACGAUGAAAUUGUCAAACGAAUGUGGAAAUAUGUCUGCAGAAACGUCGAGCACAAACGUCAAACGCUUCUAAUCUUUGACAAGUUGUUCAGCGUCGCCAAGACGAAUGUUAUAAUGCAGAAGACGGCUGAAAAGUUUAUCGACACGGUGCUGUGGCUCAAAAUUCCGGAAGAGCUCAUUUGCGCGACGAUUGAGCCGCGACUGUGGAAAGUCGCCGAUAGUCUCGUGGAACGGCUUCUGAGCCUGAAGACCUCGAUUCCUUAUGAAAUCGGUAAGGAGGGCCAAGUAGAGUAUGUAUGCGGUUGGAAAAGGGACUUCUUUCGCCCCUCUCUAUAGUGUGGCUUUGUUGUCUCUCUCUCUCUCUCUCUCUCUCUCUCGUUUAAUUUUUUGAUUUUUCUUCCUCAAAAUGACCUAGAAACACUUCAGUUUCGUAUGCGAUCGCUGUGCAUAUAACCCAGGAAGUGACGCUAGCAACGCCAGAGGGUUCGUUUGGCAGACAUAGAGCAUUAUAUAUAUUAGCAGUCUCUUGGUUUCGAUUCGUUUCGGCUAAUUCUUCUUCUUCUUCUUCUUCUUCUUCUUCUCCUUCUCCGCCUUCUGCUUUCUCUUUUUGUGCUGAUCAAAUGAAUUGCUUAUUGUGAUGGUGCUGUCCAUGUUUGUCGUCAUUACGCUUCGUUGUCGUUCGUCUAUCAUUUAGUUUUGGGUUUUUCAUCUACACAACACACUGAUUUGCAAGAAUACUGCUGAAGGUUGCUUUUGCAGAUUUCUCCACCGAGCCGCUGCUGGAGCCGCUACCGUCGGGCGGCAACAAAAAGGAGCGAUUCUUGAGAUAUAUGGUGGAGGCGGUGAGUUUCUGAGCCGCCUGAACUCCGGGUUCUAACUCAUCUGAAGUGUUUUCAGAUGCGAAACACUCUGUACACCAUCAUCAGCUACCUGAUCCCAUCGGAAAGCGUUUCGGGUGUCAUCAGAUGCAUGUCCCACUUCUACACGGAACUUUUCCGCGCCCGAGAAACGCACGUUUGCCACGCGUGCAUGAAAAUGUACAAAAUGGCCACUGACAAUGGAUUGCUCUCUUCCGAAGAUCAGAUCGAAAUCGCCACCGCCGUCAUCGACACGAAAGCCAUCGUGACGAUUGUCUUUCUUUUGGAUUGCAUUGAGGACGACGACGUGAAGCAGAGAAUAAUCCGUUUGGUGCUCUUAAAGAUGGCUGACAAUCUGGAGGACGAGGACGAUAUGAAGGAGGGCUACGUGAAUCACAUGCACGAAAACGAGGUAUUCUGGCCGGAAGUGGCCAAAUUCGCCGAUCUUCCGAUGAUUGAAGAGGUCACCAAGAAACUGGCGAUCACGUGUCUGACGUCUCCUGAUCCUCGCACCGCCACCCUCGCCACCGACAUCUUUCUGACCCUUCUGAAACUUCCGAUUAACGGCGCCGAGGAGCCGAUUUGCAACGUGAAAUUCCAGUCGCUCGGGAAGAGCACGGAAGAGUGGGGAAUGAUUGGAGCUCGUCUCAUCGAGGUGAACGUCACGAAAAGAGCCGAGAGAAAGCGAGUGUCGCUGUUCACUCUUCAACAACUUCAGCUGCUCGACGAUCUUUCGAUGAGAGAUCUGAUCUACCUGGUGACCCAGUCAAAAUAUCUCCAGGCGGACGAAGGCCUUCAAACGCAUCUGAAAUUCUACGAAGGAGUCGAAGGAAUUGAGGAUAUCAUCAACAAUUUUCUGAAGAAAGAACGGAUUGUGAAGGUUGUGGCCAAGUUUCUGGACGAGUUUUCCACUGUUAUUGUCAAAAACGAGAGAAAUCUCAUAUUCGAUCUGGAACACGAGGCGAUUCUGGAUUGGCUCAAAGAGAUCGACGUCCUGGAUGAUCCCCUGAUCAUUAAAAAGCUUGUAGAAAUGUGUAGAUCGAUUGAAGAGUGGGAUUCUCUUAUGCUCAUGCACCUGGAGCUGUUCGAGUGCGGCAAAGAGGACCUGAGAACGUUCUCGAGAUUCUGGAAGAGUGACGCCAUGCACACGCUCUCCGCCGAGGAUCAGAAGCAGAUCGAGCAGGAGAUGGGCGUGAUUUUGCGGCAACAAUACGAGCAGCAGGGUGAGAUUGCGACAAAAACGAGAAACAAACGGGACAACGGACAGUUUCCGAGCCGUCCGAAGCCCGAGAAGUGGGAGGGACAACUGCUUCUGAUGCACGAUCGCAUCGCCACGUGGCUGAUCAGUCUGCCUGUCGAACGGUUUGACGAUCGCACGUCGGAACUGUUCGAAUGGCUGGUCGGAGUGUGCGCCGGACAAGUUUCCUAUUCGAAAGAGAGGAAUGUUGAUGCGAAGAAGCUGCUCGUGAAGUUGGAGCCAUAUCAUGGGAAGAGGGCGGAGCUCACCUACUUUCACGGCAUUUCGAAUGUUCUGCAAGGAGUCGCCAACGAUCAUCGCAACGGAGUUCUGUAAGUUUUGAGCUGUGCAAAAGUCUAGAAAAUUCUUUGAAAAGUUUCAGAUCGCUGAACCGUCUCUUCCUUUCUGUUUACUCGAUGUUGGUGCGAACCGACAUAAAGACGUGGAAGACGGAAGAUUCGCUCGACCAAAUUGAUCGUCGGAUGGGCGGCAUUCAUGCGUGGCUCGAGGACACGACGAAGAUCAGCGCGGAUCGCGGACUUCACUGCACCAUCAUCAUCCGGCUCGCCGAAUCGUUUUGGGCCAAAAAGACGGAGAUUCUCGAGAGAUUCUCGAGCGACAAGACACGUUGCGAGGCGGAGCUUAUGCCGAUUCACAAGUUUGUGCAAGUGGUGGCCAGCAAAUGCGAUGCGAUUGCCACGUGGAUGCUCCCCUCCUCGCAGCCCUACUACUUUGUCGGGCAUCUCCGCCCGUUCCUGGAGCUCAUCUUCUCGUUCUGCGACAUUGUCCACGUGUACAAAGAGCCCGUCGAGAAGUUUCUGUCGACCAUCUUCGAGCUGUUGUUCAUGCGCGACUAUCACGAUCAUCUUCUGAACAUGAAGACGUUUACCGUCCAGACGACCGACAAGUGCUCGUCGUCGGCACUGAACAUUCGGAAGGAGUACGCGACGGCGACAGACGGAGGCGACGAGUAUCCGAUUCGCGAGGUUCUCAUAUUGUUCAGCAAGUUCGGAUCGGAGAAUGUGCAGCUGAAAUGUCUGCAGCUGAUUGCCAAUGCGAUUCGCGAGAUUCCCGAGAACAUUCUGACGAACUGCCGCAUUUUGAAUGGAACAGAGCACAUUGAAAAGGUACACAAACAUUUAGAAAAAUCCAUUUACCUGACUUUUAUUCAGAUCGAACAGAAACGAAUCGUUUGCGACGUGACGCUUCUCACUGAAUGUAUCGGCUACACGAAUCGUCUUUACUCUACGCUGUUCGCAACACAACCAGAAGAGCCGUCGAAUACUACGCUCAGUACUUUCCAGCUUCUGGAGUCUGAGAUUCGCUUUAAAGAGGACAAGAAUCAGCGGAGGGCAUUGCGUCAUCGACAGGAGUUGGACAUGGGCUACUGUACUUUCAAGUCGACGGGAAGAAGUGAGUAGCGGGUAAAUCGAGUGAUCUUCAAUGGCUUAUUUCAGCGUACAUCAAUCAGCACUGGUACAACUGCUACUCGUGCAACCUGCUCGACACGAAAGGAGUGUGCUCCGUGUGCGCGGUCAACUGUCAUCGAGGACACGACCUCGCCUACUCCCGGCGUGGAUCCUUCUUCUGCGAUUGUGGAGCUAGUAAGUGCUCGGCGAUGAAUGGAAUCAGACAUCAAGCGAACGCAAUGAACGCGUUGCGAGGACAGCUUCCGGAUCCGAACAAGAGGAUAACGGCGCCAAAGACGAGGGACGUGUUCCCGUACCAAUUCGAGAUGCUUGAGAAGAGCGCGCAGUUGGAGAAGGCGUUGGAAGCGGUGGAGAAGGAGUUCGCGCAGAAGAGGGUGAUUCUCGAGCAGAUUAUCGACAAAAUCGACGAGGGAAAUCGGAAGGUUUUGGAAGUGACGGAGAAGCGGAAGAGAGUGUUGAAAUCGAUGCAGAAUCUGAGAGAGGUCGAAGUGUCGGAAGACGAAAAGUUUAUGAGCCUAUUGGACGUCGGGCAGUUCAUUCCGGCGAGACGGGCGGAGCCUCCAUCGACAAGGAACCCGCGUCAAGUGAGAGAUCUGGCGGAUGUGAUCAAGUUGGACAACGGAACGGAGCUGCUCGUGAUGAUCGCUGAAACGCCGCAGGCUUUCAUUGAACUUCACUACAUGGACACUCGGACGCACCUUCUGCAAGGAUUGUUCUCGCUUCGCACGGAAACCGAACAGAUUCCAUUCAUCGCGCGCAGUCUUUACGUCUCUGGAAAUCGUGUGAUCGUUUGCGGCGGCUACGAAAUCUUCGCAAUGCGCUUCUCGCCGCAAGGAACCGUCAUCGACAGAGCGCAUAUCAAACUCACCGAGGAGCCGGGAACCGCCAAUUCGAUUCAGAACAAUCCGAUCAUCAAGGCAGAGUUUUGUGAAGACAAAAGGCUUCAGUUGAUUGCCAUGUGCACUCUUCAAUACGUGCGCAUCUACGAUCUGACCCUGCACGAGAGCAACUUUGUCGAAGAAAUGGUUCUGCCGACUGGCAACGUGGAAGACGUCGUUGUGAUGAAGAUGGCCGACGGAGUCAUUCGAGUCUACGUCCUCUGCACAAACGGAUACCUCUACGAGCAUUUCAUCGAGAACUGCUCGGCCGACAACAACUCAAUCUUUCUGACGAACAUGGUGAACAUGCCUGGCAUAGACGUCAACGGCAACGGCGUCUCUCUUCACUACUCCGCCGCCUUCGACCUCUUCUUCGCCUCCUUCGAGAAUGCCACGUAUUACGCGAAUCUCUCAAAAGAUCCGCCCCAAUCGGAUUCUUCCGGUUCCGACUUCACUUGGCACAAUCUGAAGCUCGACACGUCGAUGCACGUCUGGCGAGAGAGUGCCGGCAUUAUUUCGUGUUUGUCGGCCGAGAAAACCGACACUAUCACCUACAUUCAUCCGACAGCCGGAAAACUUCUCGUGCAAUCCACGCAGGUCAAGCAGCCCAUCGUCACCUAUUUCACAAUGGUCAGCUCGAAAACGCAAGCGGUCUACUCGUUCCUCGUGUUUCCGGAAGUGCCGAGCUGCGAGAUUUGGGAGACGAGCUGGGACAACGUGCACGAUCUGUGGAUUGACGAUGUGCCGACAGAGCGACUCGCGAUCGAGAUGGAAGAAGAGAGAAAUAGACCGACGCCGCUGGAUCCGGCCGAUCAGGUGCUGAUGGCCGAGCAGUGCGAGCCACUCUCGACUAUCGAGUGGAACUGCCCCGAAAUUGAGAUGUUCUACACGCAAGCUGAACUCAAUCAUCGACUCUCCAACUCCGAGGUCAUGCCGCUGACGCUCGUUCAGAAGACGCACUUCACUCUGUCCGCGCGGAUCACAAACUCCCGACAGGUCGUGCGAAUGGUUCGAUUGGAAGUGGACGGAAACACCGGACCGGCGGCCGUCAAGAUCAACAACGUCCGCCACAGUCUCCACGCUCGCACCCCGAAAGUGUUCGAUCUGAAGCUCUCCAGAGAGGAGUCGAUUUCGUCGGAUCAUCGGGAUAUAACGAUUGAAGUGAUUCCGGGCCCGACGCAAUCCACUGUGAAGAUCAAGUGUCUCCAGUUGUACGGGUGUGAGCGAACCGCGAUGGACGAAGUUCAGCCGAUGUUUGAAAGAAUGCCCAUGCUGUCGCUCCCCAACAAACUCAUCUAUUCGGUCUUGGAAUUCUCGACGCUCCAUAAAAAUCACCAUGUAUGGGUGGAAGAACAGGCGAUGAGACAUCUCAAUCUGAAAGUCAAUCAUCCGUUGGUUCAUUUGGCCGCAAGAAGAACUCUGAUCAGAUGUCAUCCUCAGAUGGACCCAAAAUUAUUCAAAAUUUUGGAUGGAGAAUAUUUGCAAGAAUGGAAGGAUCUCGAGGGAUGGACGGAGGAGACCGGAUUCCUUGAUAUGCGGAUGAUUUACGUGGAAAGCUUGUUGGACAGGCUCGAAGUGGUGAGCUCCAGAUGGCCGCUGUUCGAGGUUGUGCUCAAGGAGAAGUUCGGAACGGUGACGAGAUUUGUGGAAUUGAUGCGCGAUGAAAUGUUGAAAAUGCCGCUGCACAGAUGUCAACUGAUGGCUCAAGCGAUCGUCAAAGUCGUCUUCGCACUGCUGCUGGAGAAAUCCGACGAAAGCGAGCAGCUCAUUCAGUGCUUCCUGAAUAUAUUCACCGACGAGCAGACCUAUCAUCUGGCGAACGACCUCCGAUCGGCUGUUCAGGAGACCAUCUCGAGGUACAGAUUUGUCAUCAAGACGGAGAACAGUAUCCGAGAUUUGGAAACAAAACCGUAUACAUUGAUCAGAAUGCAGCACAUUGGAAUCGGGCCAUUCUACGGAGUGCCGAGGAUUGUGGCCGUUCACGCGGGGACAGCUGCGCUGCGCAGAAUAUUGGGAGAGGGGGAGCUGGACGUGCCGGAGGACACGCGGUGGUUGGAGAACUUAAUCUCGAAGAUUCUGGAGAAAAAACUGAAAAUCGACAAGGCGUUCGGCAACUCGGUCACUUCCAUCUCCGACUCUCCGUCCUACAAUCUGUCGAGAGUGCUUGCCGCUUGCCUGUCACUCUGCGACUCCAAAGUGCUCGGAGACAAGUUUGUUUCGCUUCUCAAACUCAUCAAGUACGACGAGACGAAGAUCUUCCCGCUCAGCGAGGAGGCGUUCACCAACUACGCCUACCUCCGAUCCGUUGAACUGCUUCUCUCUGUGUGCCUCGAAAAACGGAUGGAGGAGAAAGAUGCGGCGCAGAAGCCGUACACGGAGAUGCUUGAUCGGAUUGUCGUGGAGCUGAAUGCCGUCGGAAUUCGUGAUCUCUGUUUCCGUCUUCUCGGAAGAGUGAUUCCGGAGUGGAAGGAACGAGGACCGCUCGCGAUGCCUCGAAUGUCGGCGGAGAACAGAAAAGUUUGGCUGCCACACGUUCCGCUCGUUUCUUCGUCGGCCAAUCAACCCAAUGCUAUCCUUAUGAGUGAGUCCCUUCUUGUCUCGAAAUAUGAUUUCAUCCAAUUCGUUCCAGACUGGCCAUCCAAUCCGAACGACGCGUUCGUCAUCGCUUGUACCGAUCUCGUUCUCCUUAUUCCGCAACACCUCCAAGAAGUGGAGAAGCGAAAAACGCAGGCCAAAGACGAUGGAUGGAUCCAAAGACUGUGUCAACUGGCGGCCCUGAGCACCGGCUGCUCGGCGUACCGUCAGUGCAAGAAGCUGCUUCUGGCGAUGUGUCACAACGACGAGAACAAGUACAAGACGAUGAAGGACAAGUACAAGAUGCAGGAUCUGCUGCAGCAGCUCGUCACCAAGUACCUGUCGGUCAGCAAGCAAGUCGGCGGACAUCAGCAGCUCACUGAGCUCGUCGAUGUGCUCGUUUCGAUCUCCAGACUCGCCCUUCUCCGGCCGGACAUGUGGCGAGACGUGUGCAGCGCGCACACCGCGUGGCUUCUCCGUCUCGCCUGCUUCACGACGGACGUUGUCGCUUCGCAGGUCGUCGAGUUGCUCAUUGUGGCCGUCAGAGAUAGCAGUGUCGGCGGACAACUGAGCAUUCAGCUGGCCGACAGUAUCAUCGAGGCGCAGGGCGGAGAGUUCAUCGAACGAAUCAUCAAGCGCUUCCUGAUCGGAAAGGACGAUCAACUGCGAUGGACGAUCCACGGAAUGCUCCGAUCCGUUAUUCAGUUGGCGAGCCGACAGAAUCAGUGCGCGCUCGUCAAAAAGUUGUACUACACAAUCUAUCCGAUGACGGAAGGAUUGGGCAUUCAGGGCGCACAACUCACCGAUCUGAUUGCCACGUAUGUGCCACGUCUGUUCAGCUCUUCCGAGCUCGUCGCGAUCACCGAAGCAGAAGUGGCGAGAAUCGGAAAGAUUGGCAAUAAACUGGACACGAAUGGAUACAAAGGAGCGUACCGAAUGAUGAACGAGUUGGGAUUCAGCUACAAAACCAUCCAAUUCGAUCAGAAUCCUUGCCUCGUUUGCUUUUCGACGAAAGGAAGUCACGAGACGCUGAAGAUGGCGUCGAUCAAGGCGGAAACGAGAUACUCGGCUAAUGUGAUCAUCUACAAGCUCAUCUCCAACUAUGAGAUCUCCAAAGUUAUUCUGAAGCUGACGGAAAUGAAGAAGACGAAGAUUCUGAAGAGAGUCUCGCUUUACUAUUCUGCCAAAUCUGUGGAAUCGGUGGAGCUGAAGCUUCAUCCGGAGCUCUGGAGAAAGUGUGCCGUCGUGAACGUCGCCGAAUCGGAUAGCAACAUCACACUGUCCCUCGCGGUGCCGGUCGUCACCUCCUCUCUGAUCAUCGAAUUCGAAGAAGCGACCGACUCGCGCGGAGUCACCCUGCUCACAUGCCCCCGCUGCAAUCAGCCAGUCCGCACACACUCGGGUGUCUGUGAGAGUUGCGGAGAGAACGCAUUCCAGUGUCUGAAAUGUCGAUCGAUAAACUACGAUUCGCGAGAGCCGUUCCUCUGCUCCAGCUGCGGAAACUGUCGUUACGCGAGAAUCGAGGCGUUGGCAAUGUGCAAGGCUCUUCCCGGCGCGCAACACAUCACGUGCGAUGCGGAAAGAGGACAGUGCUUACACGAAAUGUCGCUUCUGCUCAUUAGAAUCGAGUCCACGAAAACGAAACUUACUGCCUACAAGGUUAGUGUUUCUUAUUUUCACUUGCGCGCCGAAAACUAUUGUUAUUUGUAGGGCCUGUGUGAAUCUCUCUACCUGAAGCACCGCCCGUUGCCCUCCUACAAACUGCACGUGGAAAACGAUCACGUCAACGAAUUCUUCGACUCAACCGCAUCUGUCAACGUGGAUCACAUGGUUUUCCAGGUAACCGCUCGCCGUGUGGAUCCAGUCGAACUACCCUCAAGUUUCAGAACAUCACGAUCCAGAUGAACAACUUGGCGGCCUCGAUUCGAGUUCUGCACAAUGAGCUGUGUCAGCAGACGCAACAAUUGAUGCACUUGCACGAAGAGCUAAACAGAUACGAUAAUGCCAGUGAUGUUUCCGUCGUCUUCCACAGAUCCAGCGAUACGGCCUACUACUCGACCAGGUAAGGAAUUCUAUAAUUCUUACAUGAAAAGGGUUACUUUCUAGUGUCGAGUGCUUUGGAUGUUUGUGCAACCAGCUCCUCCACUCAAUCGCUAUCAUCCAGUCCACUUCAGACGACGAGAACGCUCUCAACGCCGUUCUUUCAACCGAUUUGUUUGUCGAUCGGAUCGGAUCGCUGGCCCAGACUUAUGAAACGCUUCGCGAAGAGAUUGAGGAACUUCUCGUCCGUCUCAUGUACGGAAGAACGGAUGUGACGGCGAAAGUGGAGAGGCUGAUUGAAUCGGGCCAAAUGGGCCUUUCCGUUAUGGUCAAGUCGCUCAUGUACGCUGCCGAUCCGACGUGGCAGCAGAAACUGAAGCUGCUCGUCCGAUUGGCCGUCGAAAACUACGACGAUUCGCACAUUUCGUUGCAAGUGCUCAUGGUGCUCACCAAGUACUUGGACGCGACGAGAACGGUGCCGCUGGAGGAGAAGAGCAAGAUCAAAAUGGAGCCGAAGUCGAGCAUUGUCCGUUGGCUGACAACUGAAGAGGAAUGGAAAAACUGCUCGGCGGCGUCCACGUCGACUGCCACGCCCGCUCCGCUUCCUUCGAAUGCCUACCAGUGGAUCUCAAAGUCUCUCUUCUCACAGUGCCGAGCCGUCCGUGCAGCCGCCAACUCUCUCCUCUGCCAACUCUCGCGUCAACAGUUCCACGAGCCCGUCGCCCUGCUUCUUCUCUGCGAAAACCUGGAUCAGCUUUCGCACAACUCCUCCUCGGUCUGUGAUCAGUUUAUGAAUGCCGCCCACUCAAUCAUCGACUCGUCCGCCAACGUCAAAGUUCGUCUUUUCGUUCAACAGUUUCAUGUGUACCUGAUCAAACGGAUUCACGAAGAAUGCGCUCGACUUCACGAGCAACCGGUCUCACUUCUGGAGGAUAACAAUUUUGGUGAGCGUCUGAGAUGCUUCGUCGAGUUGCUCUCCGUUCUUUUAUCGGGCUCCGAAGUGGAGAACGUGCUGCUGAAGGCCGGCGCCGAUGAUCUUCUGAUCUUCUUGCUUCACUCGACAAUCUUCCUGAAAAGAAUGAUGACGAGACGGACGCGCGCUGUGGACUCCUCGCGGAUGGCUCUGGAGAAACUGCUCAAAAGGGUGUCGUGUCGCGACGGAUCAAUGCUGAUGAAUGUCUGUGUGGAAUCGCUCAGAUUGGUGAAAGAUGCAUCGACGCUGGUGAGAAAAUAGUUGGAACAAGCAAUUGUGAAGCGCAUUCAUUCGAUUUACAGGGAAUAAUAGUUGGUGUGAUGAUGGAGAUCAUGAAUCCUGCAGAAGAGCUCGAUGAAUCGUUCAUGAUGCAGAUUGAGAAAGAUGUGGCACAGGAGGACUUUUUGCAAGGAAGAAUGAGCCAGAAUCCGUAUAAUGUACGCUGAAAUUGAAGUUUUUCGAAAUAUAUAUAUAUUUUUUUCAGUCUGGCGAUCCUGGAAUGGGUCCUCUCAUGCGUGACAUCAAGAACAAAAUCUGUCGAGACACCGAGAUGGUCGCCCUGCUCGAGGACGACAGUGGAAUGGAGUUGCUCGUCAACGGAAACAUCAUUUCGCUUUCUCUGCCCGUCCAAGAAGUCUACGAUCGACUCUGGAAACGGACGAACAACGGAGCGCCGAUGAUCAUUGUCUACCGGAUGCGCGGUCUGUUAGGCGAUGCCGUCGAGACGUUCAUCGAGAAUUUCGGACAACAGGGAGAAGUGGCAGAAGAGGAGGACGAUGAGCAUCUGGAGCAGAUGUGCCAUUGCCUGAUGCGGUCCGGCGGACUCGACAAGUUGAUGGACAUGAUGGUGGCCGAUGUGGGCACGUCUUCCGGACGAUUCCUGUUGACCCAACUACGGAAAAUUUUCGAUCGAAUCGUUAGGACGUGGCUGGGAAGGAUAGAGUUGGUAGAGAGGCAGAUCGUCGAGCGGAUGAUGAGUGUGAUCCGGACGUGCUGUGCGGAUCCGACGAACGAGUCGAAAGUUCAGAUCGGAAUGGAAUUGUACAAAGUCGUCGAGUUUAUCGUCUCGAACAAGGGAGUUCAGGAUAAAUUGUGCGGCAUCACGGAAGCCGACGCGAUGUGGUGGUUCAAACUAUUAGAGAAGCGCGGACACGACGAAGGAUCGGUGACUGAGUUGCACCGCAAAACCGCUCUGAUUCUGGAUCAAAUGAGCAUAAACAUUGGAAACGUCGUACUUGGAUCCGACGCCUCCGAAAAGGUCCUUGUGGAUAUGUACCCAAGGAUUCUGAGGUGGGCGAUCAUCGAUUCGGAUCCACACUCCCCAAGUAAUCAGCCGGCGGGACGCCAUCGAGUUUCGCGGAAGGAACAAACUAUCCUUUUAACGGAGCAAUUGGCCACGAUUACGACGAAUCUGCAGCCUUCCACUUUAGGAAAACAGUUGAAGCAGAAGAUACUGGACAGCGGAAUAAUCACAGAAACGUGCCGGUACCUCAUGAAGGAUCUGCCGAACUUGUACCAACCGACAGAGUCACCGGAAUGGAAGGCGUUCCUUGGAAGACCGUCGCUCAAACUCAUUCUGACUCUUCUCGCAGGACUGGCACGUGGACAUCAGGCAUCACAGAAGGAGAUCGCGAAGACGACGUUGAAACUGAUGCACCGACUGGAGCAAGUGGCAUCGGACAAUUCGAUCGGAACACUUGCGGAGAACGUGAUAGAGGCUUUGAGUGAAGAUGAAGAGGUAAAGGAACAGAUCACUCAGGUGCGAGACGAGACGAAGAAAAAGAAGAAGCAAAUGGCGAUGGCGAAUCGGCAGAAGCAGUUGAACAAGUUGGGAAUGAAGGUGGGCAUCGGCGGAGAGGUCAAAGUGGCCGCACGAGCAUUGCACAACGAGCCGAGCCUCGAGGACACCGACUCGAUGGGCUGCUGCAUCUGUCGAGAAAGCGUCGUCAGAGGAGAACGAGCCGCCGGAGUCUACGCCUUCGCAGCCAUCGAACCUGACACCGGCAAGACGGGAACCGUCUCAAUGAUGGUAAUGGUGCAUCUGGACUGCCACCGAGGAGCUCUUCGCGGCGGAGCUGGAAGGGCGGCCGACGAGUGGACACGUGCCAAAUUGCACAACGCCGGCGCCAAAUGCAAUGUGAUCACUCCGAUUGCGGUCGGUGUGGCUCCUGGUACGGCAUGGACUGAAAUGAUGCAUCGAUUCGAGACGGACAUCGGAAGGAUUUCGGGGUUGGCUCUCGGUCAUAUCAAGAGGAAUAACGUCUUCAACGAUAUGUGUCAUCUGAUUGAUCGAUUCAUCUAUAAAAGGUACGAUUUGGUUGUUUUCAUAUAUUUCAGCAAACCAUUAAUGUUUUCAGAUCUUUCUCAACCCAGUCGGAAGGUGGAGGACGCGAAUCGAACAUGCAAUACCUGGCCAUUCUCCACCUUCUCGGAGUGAAUCUUCCUGCCGACUCGGAACUCGAACCUUCCGUUUCGUCCCAUCGCCUCGUCACCUUCCUCUUCACUGAUCAGACCGUCGAGAGCUGGAAUGAUCAGAAGAACGACGUGCUCCGAGCGGCUCUCAACGACUUUGAAACGAGCGGAGGAGAAGCCACGUGGCAAGGCUUCCGACCCACUCUUCUCACCUGGGCGUUCGUGAACUCCUACUUCAACAAAGUGAUUCCGGUGAGCAGUUUAUGAUCAGAAUUCCGGAAUUUCAACUGAAUUCGAUUGCAGAUAAUUGGAGAUGAUCGCCUGCAAUGGCUCCGCGAGCAUUUGGCCGAUACGAUCAACAAAACGCGUUCUUUCGUCGAAGAGUUCGAUGAGAACGUUCUUCCGUGUGAAGAUGUCAACGAGUUUUGCGAAGUAACCGGAGCUCCACUCGACGAAGUGAACAUGUUCCUGGGCGGAGGAGACGCCCAAGCAUAA